GCAUAAAUAAGGCUACUCCAUUUCCCCACACGCUUUUACCUUCUCUCUCUCUCUAAAGCACAAAAAAAAAUGGCGACCCAUUUCACAAAUUCGCACUUGACAUUGCCCCUUUGAGUGAAAUGCAAAUGCUGCUGCUACUGCCAUUUCUAGAUCCAUAAUUCUUGUGGAAGAUCCUAAUUCCUCAUUCCAAUGGGUGUUCGUGUUCUGGCCGAUUCCUGGUGUUUCUGCAAAGGGGUUGGCAAGUCCGAGAGGACCAAGGCCGCCAUUUUUUCCGGCAAAAGCCCCGCCAUUGCCCGAAUCUCCGCCGCCGCCGAUGGGGGCUCCUCCUCCUCCACUUCCGCCACCGGUUUUUUGAUCCACCGGACCCUUCUUCUCACCACCCAUCUUAAUCUCCCCUCCGUUGCUGCUGCUCAGGCCUGCGAGAUCCGCCUCCAAAACGGCGUCGCUGCCACCCUUGUUCCUCACAGGUUUUUCAUUACAAGUUCCGUUUUGGAUCUUACAAUAGUCGGCCUAGAUGCAGUGGAUGGGGACUCCAACUCUCAGCAGCUUCAACACUUGAAGAUAUGUUCUAAACCAAAUCUUGAUCUCGGCAAUGCCGUUUACCUCUUGGGAUAUUCCGAGAAAGACGAGUUGAUCAUUAGUGAGGGCAAGGUGGUUAUAGCCACUGAUAACCUAAUAAAGUUAUCAACCGAUGGCGUAACAUGGAGUGCUGGGUCUGCUGGAUUUGAUGCACAAGGCAACCUAGCAUUCAUGGUUUGUGAUCCGAUGAAACUAGCCACGUCUCCGAAUACCAAAUCGUCGUCGACUUCAUCAUCAUCUUCGUCAUCUUGGAAGAAGGAUCUUCCUAUGCAAUUUGGUAUCCCUCUGCCAAUCAUCUGUGAUUGGUUAAACCAACAUUGGGAAGGUAGUCUUGAUGAACUUAACAAACCAAAGCCACAGCUCAUAAGAUUGAUGUCUUCAGGACAAAAGAGUGAGCAUUCCUCUGCUUCCUUCACAUUGAGGCAAGUUUUUAAGCCGAUGGAAUCAAAUGACGAAGGAACGCCAUCACCAUCCAAUAUAGUCUCAAAAACCAGGGAUCUUCCAGGACCGAGCUGUUCCACUACAACAAACACCAUCAAGGAAGAGGCUCCGACGGAUAUCCUGCAUAUGAACCAUGUGCAAGGAAUUCCUACUCCCGAAAUAUAUGAAUCGCCAAAGUUGAUUUCAGUCCCUGUUCGAAAAAAGGAAAUCACAACCACGCAGCUUCUAGACAUCAACUUUCCUCCAAGAGUUACCACAAAUGUGAUUACGCCGCAUCCUAGCAGACAACCCCUACUUGACUUUGAUGAAAAUUCUGCAAAGGAUGCUUCUCAAGAGAGCCCGUCAAGAGAAGGCCAAAGCCUGGAGAGAAAACGCAUUGAUCCUAUCGAAAACGGAGAAGAGGUUGCCUCAACAAACUCUGUAAAUGGGGCCUUAAGUGAAGUUCAGUCUUGUUCGUCUCCCGUGGAAGUUUCAGCGAUGCAGAACGGGUAUAGCAGUGAGGGAGAGACGACAAUGUACUCUGCAGAAACUGCAGAGAGUCGAAACUAUACAAGUCCUAGAGAAGGGAAGUUUGGGCAGGUUGGAAGGAGUCAAAGUUGUGUAAACUACAACAGAUGGGGAUCAGUCCAAAGAAAUCCCGUGGCACGCCGAACAAUGCUGGAGAAUCAAAGAAGCUUCAGAAAUGGAAGGAAGAUGUACUCCCAAGGGACUGGAUCUUACAGGAGCAAUGACUACUACAGCCCGACCGUCUCCUCGAUCAUGAAGAAGCGAAACAGCUCGGAACAAGUCAACAGACCAAGGCAAAAUGCUGUUGCUACUCCUGCGUCUCAUUCUUCCCCAAGAUGGAAUUUCUGAUGAAUCAUAUCUUUGAACAACAAAAAGGGAGGAUGGGGAACAAACAAAUAUGGAGGUUUGUUGGUGUAUUUGGUUCCCAUUUUAUUUAAACUUAGAUACAUCUUACUAAUUUCUUCCACUUGUGCAGAGACCAAUUUGAGGUGAAUAAGAAAUUUUUUCCUAUUAAAAUUUUCAUUGUAACUGUAAAAUUAGUGUGAGUUAAUUAUUCUUGAUUGAGGGAGAAAAGAGUAAAGAAUCUGAACCAGAUGAUAGAAUGCUGGUUUUUUCUUUCUUUUUUUUUUUUUUUGGUCUUUUUGGGGUGUGAUUACACAAAAUGAAGCUCCAUUUUGUGAGGGCUCUUUUUGUAAACAGGAAGGCAAUGCUACCCAUUUGACUUUUAAACGUGAAUUAAUUUGAAAGGAGCUACAUUUCACUUCA